CAGGUGACAGUAACGGCAAUAUUGUGCCAUAACCUCAAGUUGUUACUAUCAUGGCAAAUACGGGGGUCCUGCCCUUCGUUCGGGGCGUAGACUUCACCCGAAAUGAUUUCAGCGGUGAUAAAUUUCCGGAUGCUGUCAGUUCCAUGACUGGAGUGCAAUGGCUGAAAUUAGAUCGAACCAAUUUGGUGGAAAUCCCGAAAGAAAUGGGCAACUUGCUCAAACUGGAGCAUUUGUCGCUGACGAGAAACCACCUUGAGAAGUUGUAUGGGGAAUUGACCGAACUCAACUGUCUACGCACGCUGAAUUUGCGCCACAAUAAAGUGAAAAGUUCGGGGAUCCCAGCUGAAUUGUUUCAUUUGGAGGAGUUAAGUACGCUGGAUUUGAGUCACAAUAACUUGAAGGAGGUGCCUGAUGGGUUAGAUAGGGCGAAGUCGCUUCUGGUGUUGAAUUUGAGUCACAAUCAUAUUGACUCAAUUCCUAAUACUUUGUUUAUAAACUUGACUGAUUUAUUAUUUUUGGAUUUGAGCGACAAUAAUUUAGAGACACUGCCCCCUCAAACGAGACGAUUGGCCAAUUUGCAAACUUUGAUUUUAAAUAACAACCCCUUGGGCCAUUUUCAGUUAAGACAACUACCCUCAUUGCUUAAUUUAGAGACGUUACAAAUGAGAAAUACGCAGCGCAACCUUAGUAAUUUUCCGACGAAUUUGGAAAAUCUGGUUCUUUUAACAGAUGUUGACCUGGCACAAAACGCUCUACCGAAAAUACCAGAAGCUUUGUAUUCUCUAGCAAACUUGAAACGACUUAAUAUAAGUGAAAACGAAAUCACGGAACUCUCUACUGCAAUGGAGUUGUGGCAAAAACUUGAAACUUUGAACUUAUCCCACAACAAAUUAACCAGCCUUCCGCCGGCUUUGUGCAAAAUUUCCACCUUGAGACGUUUUUACAUCAAUGACAACCAGUUAGAUUUUGAAGGGAUUCCUUCAGGUAUUGGUAAACUUGGAAGUUUGGAAAUAUUUUCAGCUGCUAAUAACCAACUGGAGAUGAUUCCUGAGGGUUUGUGCAGAUGCGGCUCGCUAAAAAAGCUCAAUUUAAGCUCAAACCGGCUAAUAACUCUUCCUGAUACAAUACAUUUAAUUAACGAUUUAGUCGCUGUUGAUUUACGAAAUAAUCCCGAUUUGAUAAUGCCCCCCAAACCCGUUGAAAUGACGAGAGGAGCCGGACUGGAAUUUUACAAUAUCGAUUUUUCGCUGCAAAAUCAGUUGCGACUGGCGGGGGCAAACGUCCCGGUGCCAACCCCAGCACAAAACCCUAGUAAAGACCCAAUUGCGCGAAAAAUGCGGCUGAGAAGGGGCCGCAGAGACCAUGAAGAGGCAGAUCAAGAUCAGGCGAAAAUCCUCAAAGGUAUGAAAGACAUAGCAAAAGAAAAAAAUUUGAGCAUGCAGACUGAUGACACAAAAGCUGAAUCACUAAAACCUAAGCGUUGGGAUGAAACUCUGGAAAAGCCGCCUCUGGAUUACUCGGAAUUUUUUGAAGAGGAUGCAGGUCAAGUCCCAGGCCUGACGAUUUGGGAAAUUGAAAAUUUCUUGCCAAACAGGAUUGAUGAAGUAGCUUAUGGGAAAUUCUAUGAAGCGGAUUGUUACAUUGUUUUAAAAACGACACAAGAUAAUAAUGAAUUGCUUAAUUGGGAAAUCUAUUUUUGGAUUGGUGAAAAAGCUCCACUUGAUAAGCGUGCUUGUUCAGCCAUUCACGCUGUCAAUUUGCGCAACUAUUUAGGGGCUCAAUGUAGAACAAUCAGAGAAGAACAAGGCGACGAGUCUGAAGAGUUUCUAAAUCUUUUUGACACCCAAAUAACGUACAUUGAGGGCGGUCGCACCUGCAGCGGAUUUUUCACUGUUGAAGACAACGUUUUUGAAACCAGGUUUUACCGAAGUCACACUGCUGGUCCUUCAAUUCAUUUGGAGCCUGUGGCUGUUUGUGCCGAGUCUCUGGACCCCCGGUUCGUUUUUAUUCUUGACACUGGAAUGAAACUCUUUACGUGGAAUGGUAAAAAAGCCAAGAAUACUCUUAAGUCGAAAUCGCGACUUUUGUGUGAGAAAAUCAAUAAAAAUGAAAGGAAAAAUAAAGCUGAGUUGAUUACUGAAGCUAUGGGUAAUGAAAGUCGGGAGUUUUGGGUGGCGUUGGGUGAGCUUGAGGGGGUGCCACCGGAAGAGCCGUUGCAGGAACAUGUUGAUCCUGAUUUUGUUCCUGUGGCACCUAGGUUGUAUCAGAUUCAGCUGGGUAUGGGUUAUUUGGAGUUGCCACAGAUUGAAGUACCGCAUGGGAAACUCACAAAUAGUUUGUUGAAUAGUAAAAAUGUCUAUAUUCUGGACUGCUAUUUGGACGUGUUUGUUUGGAUCGGGAAGAAGUCAACGCGCCUUGUGAAUGCCGCCGCUGUAAAACUGUGUGAAGAACUAUUUAACAUGAUCGACAGACCUGAUUAUGCAAUGGUAACACGCGUGAGAGAAGGCACUGAACCCCAGGUGUUUAAAUGUAAAUUCGUGGGAUGGGAUGAAGUCAUCGCUGUUGAUUUUACCCGCACUGCCGAAUCCGUCCAAAAAACAGGAGCGGACUUGAAUAAAUGGGCCAAACAACAAGAAACUAAACACGAUUUGACGGCUUUAUUUACGCCGCGUCAACCCGCCAUGCCUCUUACAGAAGCCCAACAGUUGAUGGAAGAAUGGAACGAAGACUUGGAAGUCAUGGAACCUCUGGUCCUUGAAGGAAAGAAAUUUGUUCGUCUACCGGAAGAAGAAAUCGGUCAUUUCUACUCCAUGGACUGCUACGUCUUCCUGUGUCGCUAUUGGGCGCCCAUCGACGACGACAGCGACGGCGGCGAGCCCUCCACCGAAGGCGACGAUUUCCACUGCGUCGUUUACUUCUGGCAAGGCCGCGAAGCCUCGAACAUGGGCUGGCUCACGUUUACCUUCACUCUUCACAAAAAGUUCAAACUUUUGUUCAACGACAAACUCGAAGUCGUCAGAACUUACCAGCAACAAGAAAACAUGAAGUUCAUGGCGCACUUUAAACGAAAGUUCAUAAUCCAUCAAGGUAAACGUAAGCAGAGAGAGAAAAACGCGGUAGAGUUCUAUCACUUGCGGUCCAACGGAAGCGCUUUGUAUACUAGAUUAGUGCAGAUAAAGCCUGACGCGGGUUCGCUUAAUUCGGCGUUCUGCUAUAUUCUUAAUGUGCCUUUCGAACAAGAGGAUGAAGCGGGGAUUGUGUAUGUGUGGAUUGGGUCCAAAGCGGACGCGGAUGAAGCUAGGUUGAUCCAGGAGAUAGCGGAAGAUAUGUUUAACAGUCCGUGGGUGAGUCUCCAGGUGUUGGCGGAAGGAGAAGAACCGGAUAAUUUCUUCUGGGUGGGGCUUGGUGGAAAGAAACCGUAUGAUACAGAUGCCACUUUUAUGGAGUACACGAGAUUGUUUAGGUGUUCGAACGAAAAAGGGUAUUUUGUCGUUUCAGAAAAGUGUUCCGAUUUUUGUCAGGAUGACUUAGCUGACGAUGAUAUUAUGAUUCUUGAUAAUGGAGAGCAGGUGUUUUUGUGGCUUGGAGCUAAAUGUAGUGAAGUUGAAAUCAAACUUGCUUAUAAAUCAGCACAGGUUUAUAUUCAACACAUGAGAGUGAAACAGCCUGACCGACCUAGAAAACUCUUUUUGACACUGAAAAAUAAAGAGUCAAGGAGAUUUUACAAGUGUUUCCAUGGCUGGGGGGCACACAAGAAGCCACCAGAAUAAAGUGCCAAAUAAAUCUACGCAUAGUAUUAAUUUAGAGAGAGCUCAACUAUAAAUCACUGCAAUAUACAUACUAAUUUAUUGAACACACUAAUAUACAAUAAAUAAAAUUUAAAAGUU